UUUGCGGGUGCAUGACCGAUGGAUGGUGACGCACGGAGAGGCCCUGGUGGUCGCUGGAAGGCGAGUAAAACAGGCUGGAAGUACAUCUCCACAGAAUGUCGUCCGCCGCCGCAUUAAGAGGAAGGCCAUCAGGAGUCAGCACAUGCGAUGGCCUUACGCCACCAUUCCAUACAUAUUCGACCAAGAUUUUAGUGACUCCGAUAAGGACAUUGUUCACCAGGCCAUGCGGCGGUGGGAGGAGCACACGUGUCUGAAGUUUGUAGCCAGAGACAACCCUCAGGAAAACAUACUAGCGAUCAACAACUACAUCCACUUUGUCAAGAGUGGCGGCUGUUGGAGUAAGGUGGGGAUGUUCUGGUGGACUCCUGAGCAGAAAUUGUCGCUGGAUAACGAGUGUCUACAAAACAAAAACGGGGUCGCUAUCGCCAUGCAUGAGAUCGGACACGCCAUCGGGUUCUUCCACGAGCAUGCGCGGCCGGACAGAGAUGACUACGUCACAAUAGAGUGGGACAACAUCCGCUGGGGCAGAUACCGCCAUUUUUCAAAGUUCUACUGGAACAUGAUCGAGACGUUUGACAUCCCGUACGACUACCUGUCAAUCAUGCACUACUCAGACAACGAGUUUUCGUGGGACUCUAAGACCCUGCGCACCAUCAAGACACGUGACCCAUCCUUCCAGAACAUCAUCGGCCAGCGGAUCUCCCUGUCCUACUACGACAUCAAAAUGACCAACGACAUGUACAGCUGCGCAGCCCGCUGCCCGUAUUACCAGCGGUGUACGUACCCGAACAGCUUCCUGGGACCGACUUGCCGCUGCCUGUGUCCCAACUAUCACGGGUUAGGCGCCAAGGAAUGUCCAGUCAACAACGCUAUUCAGGUGGUACAUGGUUACGGUGGCCAUUACUUAGAUUGCUACGAGGGCACUGGAACGACGUACCGGGGCACCCGGAGCUGGACUCGUAGCGGGCACACCUGCAUGAACUGGGCGAACACACUGGACCGUGACGUGUCCAUCCUCACCUACCCGAACUCUGCCGGCGGGAUAGGGAACCACAACUACUGCCGAAACCCGUACGCGGGCAGCCCCCAGCCCUGGUGCUAUGUGUCGGACAUCCGGGUCUUCUGGGAGUACUGUGAUAUCCCCAGGUGUCAAUGAGAGCUAAUCACCACGCAUGGCACACGGCGCAGAACAACUCCUGUACCUCAUGUCAUCAGCAACAAACAUCAGACCUGGACAUAUGAGAAAGACCACUGGUCUUACUCACAUGGCUCGGCGUGCCCUUCCCGCUGUAGAAAUAAAUGCUGAGUACAGACAUUCUGAAAAGAGAAGAAGGCACUUCGUUUUGACUAUGGUGCUAAGAAGACUUCUUUCGCGGGCGAAAGACAACGCGGCGAUGUAUAGACCAUCAUGUCUAGGAACGCUUUGUUUUGACUCUCCUAUCCUUUAUUAUAUGGUAAAAAUACAUAUUAUGACGUCCUAAAGUUCUGCCCUAAAAGCUUUUUCAACUUCGGCAGGAUGGUUUGAUAAUACCAUAUGGGUUAAAUGCUCUGAAUUUUUUAAGACCAAAAGCGCAUAGGGUAGAAGAGGACAGGGUAAGGUUUUGAUCUAUUCAUUCAGUAUUAGGGU